AUGCCAAUCCUCCACACCCCUACUAGCAAACGACUCUUUGGAUCCGCCCAUUGUCCACCCCAUUGCAGGAUCCCAGCCUGCGAUAGUGACGCUUACGAGCUAUAUCCCAAGUUCCGCUGGGUCUACAAUAAACUCACGGUAGCCGAACUCCAGGGAAUCGAGUGCGGUCCGCACAGGACCAAACCAGAUGCUGCGCUUUUCCCCAUCUUCAGCAAGCCGAUCUACAACCUUGGCGGGGCCAGCAUGGGGGCCCGGAUCAUACAUACCGUGGAUGAAUACUGGCGCAGCUUCGUCCCGGGCCAUAUGUGGUCUGCCUUGCUGACCGGGGAGCAUAUCAGCACCGAUAUCGCGGUAGAUGCCGGGAGGGUGGUCUGGCUCGGCCAUACGAGGGGAGUGGCUGGUCCGGGCCAGACAUGGGAGUAUUGGGAGAUCAACACGUCCGUCGAGCUUUCGCUAGAGAAAUAUAUCGCUGAUUUCGUGGAAACGCAUCUCGCGGGAUAUACCGGCAUGAUGAAUGUCGAAACGAUCGGAGGCAAGAUUAUCGAGGCGCAUCUGCGGUUCUCACCUCAGUGGCCGAACCUGUAUGGAUCUUGGUUCACUACUUCCCUUGUGGAUCUUUAUUGCGGGAAGGGAUGGACAGGUCCGUUGGCCUCCUUGUCAGCAACACCCGUUGGGUAUUGCGUUCCGCUGUUUGACGAUGAGAAAUAUGCUAUGACCGGUACGACUCUCACGGAUAACACUUUGCGGCGACUGGAAAGCAUGUUCAAUGUCGAAAGCAUCACGGUGGAUUAUAGUCCGGAGAAGCCAUUGGAAAGUAUUCCAAGGCCUUUGGGUGGCUUUAGGAUAGCCUGGGUCAAUGGGUAUGAUCUUGCGAGGUGCAAGUUAGCAAGGAGUGCAUUGCAGGCAUACCUCCAUCAAUUGGAUGGUACAGGACAAUGA